ACUUGUCCGUAGCGGGAUCCCGGGAGAGGGACGGGGCGCGGCGGGACCCCCGGCGCCGCAGCUCCCCCGUCCGCGGGGAGCCUGCAGCGGGACCCCCAGAUUUAUAAUGGAACUUACAUCUUUGCCUAAAUUCCUUUGGACAAGUGACAACAAGCUUCUGCAUCACCAUUUUCCAGACAUACUGGCUACUGUUCAUACCACACAAGACAUCCCUGAAGAAGUUGUUUUUGGACCAUGCAUGCUCCAGAACACCCUGCUGGACACUGUAGCUUUCAUUGCUCUCAAGUGUUCUGACAGACGGAACAUCCACUAUGUAUUUAAGGUGGAUGUUACAUCUGUGCACAGCCCCACAGGACUGCCGUGGAUGAGACUCGUACAGGCAGCUGCCAAUAGCAAGGAGCAGAACUUGGAAGCUUACUUAGAAAACAGUCAGUUAUACUAUCGCUCCACCAGGAGAAUCAGCAGAAAUGAGGAGCUGCUUGUCUGGUACGAUGAGGAGCUUUCCAGCCUCUUGGGUUUCAAUGAGAUAAAAGCUCAGAGGCCCCAGAAUGAGCUGAAAUGCCAAGAGUGUGACCGAGUCUUUAAAUGUGAGCAUUCCUAUCUGUCCCAUGUCCGCUUCCUCUGUGUCCCAGAGAAGAGCGCUCUGCUAUGGAGAAACUUCCAGAGCCCUAAAACUGAAAAGAGCAGCCUAGCUGAGCAGACCACGAAUUUCCACAGUCUGGCAAGGGACCUGGAAGUCAAAAUGUCAGCUUGUAAAGAUGAUGCACAUGGCCUUAUUGGAGAAAGGAGAGCAAAAUCUGAAGAGGCUGAGAACAACAGGAGCAGGAAAACAGUGCUGUUGGAGAAAACCAAUAAUUUGACUGAGGAACGUAACUUUGGGGGCAAGGAAGAGGUUGGGGGAGAGCAUGCAUUGGCUGGUUCUUUCAGGAAGCUUGCUUCAGGGAGGCAGUCAGCUAGGAAGGAUGCUUUAGAGCAGAAGCAGAGUGCUUUCACUGAGGUCAGGAGGAUGAAAGAGAAGCUGAGGAAUGAGAGACUGCAGGAGCCAGAGCAGGAGGAUGGCACGGUCCCGCUUGGUAAAGAGCAGGUGUCAAAGGAAGUGUUGCUGAACUCCUCUGGUAGUGCAUUCUCCUUUGUUUGGCCUGCCAGAGGUCGAGGAGAACAGAAGAGUGCUUUCAGCAAGCCCAGUAAGUGUGUAACAGAAAGAGCUGCAGUAAAUUCUUCUCAUCCCAUGAGUGAGUCAACAAAGAGCCUGGGGGAGCUGUCUGGCUUCAUUGCCACCGCAGACAUCAUGUGCUGCAGCAGUCUUCUCAAUUCCAAGUUCUUUGUCAGUGAUUUGUGUAAUGCUCAGAUGCUGCAGACAAGCAUCACUCGGAGCAAUGUUUUCCCAUAUACCUCAGAACCGUGGCUCAAGCAAGCAGGAGGACAGUUACAAAACACCACCACCACUUCCUCCUCCUCCUCCUCUUCCUCCUCUUCCUUGACUCUUCUUCCCCCCACUUUCACAUCCUUUGGAGUGGCUGCCCAGAACUGGUGUGCCAAAUGCAACCUGUCCUUUCGCAUGACGUCUGAUUUAGUCUUCCACAUGCGGUCACAUCACAAAAAGGAAUACUCCUCCAGUGAAUCCCAGUGCAAGAGGAGACGAGAGGAGAAGCUGACGUGUCCCAUUUGCCACGAGUACUUCCGAGAACGCCAUCAUUUAUCCCGGCACAUGACUUCUCAUAAUUAGAGCUAUGCAGACAGAUGUCACCAAGUGACUGGGCAGGCUGGGUGAAGAAGGGAAUGAUAGUCAAUUAAAUCCAUUUCUUUUUGAGUUUACAUUAAUUUCUUUCAGAAAAUCACUGUUUACAAUAAUUUAUAAUAGAUGCUUUGUGAAAAAAAAAAUUAAAUGUUUAC